AGAAGUUUUGACAAGUAAACAAAAACAAACAUAACCACACUUUUUCUAGUUUUCCUGUCUGUCCUUAAAAAAUUUAAAUUUUCAUUUGAAGGAAAAUGUGAUUUCCCUUUCAAAAACUAACAAUGGAAAGUAGUACAAGUACCACCGAGCCACCCAAGGAACGGUACUCGAAAGAAUUCCGCGUUAAAGCUGGAUUAUUCUUGGCGGCAGUCUCGGGGGUGGCAGCCGUAGGCGGUUUCGGGGCCACAUUGAUAGCCGCGAAAAAACAAGACCCCAAAUACUUUGGCAAAGGUUUCAUACCGACCCGAGAGAUUCCUGAAACCGGGGCCGGUUUAGCUUUGAGAGCUUUGGGAUGGGGUACCUUGUACGCUUUCACCGGCUGCGGAGUGCUGUUUUAUGCCAUUUGGAAAGUAUCUGGCGCCCAAAAUCUAGAUGAGUUCCGUAUUAAAAUGGGACAAAUACUGCCAUCGAUACCCAAAAACAAUCCACCGCAAGGAAGAACCGAAUUUAGUGGAAUGAAUGAUCUUUUGGAGUAUUUAUCAGAGAAAAAAGAACCAAAGGAUAAGCGGUAGUUGUGCGUGUUUUGAUUUAUAAUAAAGUUUUAAAUAAUAAAAAGAAACAGACGAAAUAAAAACUUCUAACACACCAGACCUAUGCUUUGUUAAUUUACUUCCUAGACAAUAAACACCAUUAUUUUCAGCUCAGCUAAUGAAAAUACUUAUAUUAUUAUCCAAAAUUCAAUCUUAAAAAUUAAAAUAAAACAAACAAAAUAAAGACUUAAUAAAUAUUUUUUUUUCCCCCAAUGUUUAUUAUUUCCUCUUACGACCGCGUUUUCUUACAUUUGACUUUUCCGCUCCUUCCUUU